UAAAUAUGGAAAAUGGAAAUAUAGUCUAAUACUCUUUUUAUCAGGCUACUCUAGUAAUUUAUUAAGCUCUUUAGUUUAUCCUUAUAAUUUAACUGUAGGAGGUUAUGGGAUUGUAUUUGGAACUAUUGUACUCUAUGGCUUUAUUAUUAUUUAAUAGAAAUAAAUGGGAUAAUACAAGAAGUUAAUAAUAGGGAUAUAUUUUUUAGUAUUUUGCAUUAAUUUUAUUCCCAUUAUAUCUACAAAUCAAAUAGAUAUUGCAUGCAUUUUUGGAGGCAUUCUCUCAACUCUAUUUAUGGGAAUCUAUUUUUAAACUUUUUCAUUUAAUCGAGGAAACUAUAUAUCAUAUGGAGCUUUGUUAUUAGAAUUAAUUUAUUUAAUCACUGGUACAAUCUUGA